CCCUUCCUCUUCCCCCAUCUCCCCCCCAACAAACGCGUUCUCCUUCCUACUCCUUCCGUCCAGUCCCCGGAUCCGCUGCCCUUCCUUCCCCCAAACUCCGACCCCGGCCAGCGAGCGAGCGAGAGAAGCAGCAGCCAUGUCGCCGGCGGAGCCGACGCGGGAGGAGAGCGUGUACAUGGCGAAGCUGGCGGAGCAGGCGGAGCGGUACGAGGAGAUGGUGGAGUUCAUGGAGCGCGUGGCCAAGGCCACCGGCGGGGCCGGCCCCGGGGAGGAGCUCUCCGUCGAGGAGCGCAACCUGCUGUCCGUCGCCUACAAGAACGUCAUCGGCGCCCGCAGGGCCUCCUGGAGGAUCAUCUCCUCCAUCGAGCAGAAGGAGGAAGGCCGGGGCAACGAGUCCCACGCCGCUACCAUCCGGACCUACCGCAGCAAGAUCGAGGCCGAGCUCGCCAAGAUCUGCGACGGCAUCCUCGCCCUCCUCGACUCCCACCUCGUCCCUUCCGCCGGCGCCGCCGAGUCCAAGGUCUUCUACCUCAAGAUGAAGGGCGACUACCACAGGUACCUCGCGGAGUUUAAGUCUGGCGCUGAGAGGAAGGAAGCCGCAGAGAGCACCAUGAACGCCUACAAAGCUGCUCAGGACAUUGCUCUUGCAGAUUUGGCUCCGACUCACCCCAUAAGGCUUGGGCUUGCACUUAACUUCUCUGUGUUCUACUAUGAGAUCUUGAACUCUCCUGACCGUGCCUGCAACCUUGCAAAACAGGCCUUUGAUGAGGCUAUAUCAGAGCUGGACAGUCUGGGUGAAGAAUCCUACAAGGACAGCACUUUGAUCAUGCAGCUCCUGCGUGACAACUUGACUCUAUGGACAUCUGACACCAAUGAGGAUGGUGGUGAUGAGAUCAAGGAAGCCCCGGCUCCAAAAGAAUCUGGAGAUGGACAGUAAGCUCAGACACCAGUCUGAUCCACCAGCGGUUGUUGGGGGUAAUGAAAAUCGAGGGACUUGGAUUUGAUAGCUAUGUUCUAGCAUACAUGCUGCUAUCGUCGCUGUGUCGAUGAGCAGACAACGCUGUUUAAUUAAGUACUUAGAAGUUUCUGGGCUAUGCUUUUCUUGUGUUGAUAAAUGCUGGCUGGAUCAUGGUUUUCUUGUUCCAAUGGCCACUAGCAAAAACCUGCUCUUUUUCACCCAUUAGAAUGUUUGCUAUAUCAAUCAUGUUUGACAAGACUCAUUAACUAGUACUGUUCUACUGAACUUGAACUGUCUUGUUAAUCUUUGGCUCAACCAGUCUUUUGACA